AGAAGAAACACUGCUCAACUGAGGGACUGAGUAAGUGAGACACAUGGAGGAAGAGAAGGAGAAAGUAGAAAAGACGUGAUACAGCACACUUCUGGAAACAUUUCUACCUUUCAUGGGAGGUGGGACGUCACACGCUUGGAGAUGGAAAAAACAAUCCUGUCUGUUUACCUCAAUGUCAGCGAAGAGAUCAGCAACUCCUCAUCAGGCGCAGCUCAGAAUGAGGACAGCGAGGCUAAAAUGGUCCUGCUGGGCAUGCUUAUGUCCUUGCUUGUCUUGACCAUUGUGUUUGGCAAUGUCUUGGUCAUCACUGCCAUUGCCCGAUUCCAGCGUCUUCAAAAUGUCACCAACUGUUUCAUCACGUCCCUGGCCUCUGCUGACCUCGUCAUGGGUCUCAUUGUGGUUCCAUUUGGUGCCUGCUAUAUCAUCUUCGAGACAUGGCACUUUGGAAGCUUCUGGUGUGAGUUCUGGACUGCAACUGAUGUGCUCUGUGUCACUGCGAGCAUUGAGACAUUAUGUGUCAUAGCUAUAGAUCGCUACCUGGCUAUCACUUCUCCUUUCCGCUAUCAGUCAAUGCUAACCAAGUGCAAGGCUCGCAUUGUGGUUCUGCUGGUGUGGGUGAUCGCAGCCUUGAUCUCCUACCUACCCAUCCACAUGAAAUGGUGGACAUCAGAUGAUCCCGUGGCUAAUAGUUGCAUCGCAGACAGCAACUGCUGUGAUUUUAACACCAACACUGCUUAUGCCAUCACUUCCUCAAUCAUCUCCUUCUACAUCCCUUUGGUCAUCAUGGUAUUUGUCUACAGUCGUGUUUUCCAGGAGGCCAAACGCCAACUAAGGAAGAUCGACCAAAGUGUUGGCCGUUUUUACAACAUCGAUGAAGGAAACCUCCAGUCUGUGGAGACCAAUGCUGGGCGUGGCAUGAAGAAGACCAAGUUUUGCCUACGGGAGCACAAAGCUCUAAAGACACUGGGCAUCAUCAUGGGGAUUUUUACUCUGUGCUGGCUGCCCUUCUUUGUGCUCAACGUGGUGGUGGCCAUAUGGAAGGUGGACAAGAUAGACAUCCCCUUUCGGAUACUCAACUGGAUAGGUUACGCAAACUCUGCUUUCAACCCCCUCAUUUACUGUCGGAGUCCAGAGUUUAGAUAUGCCUUCAAGGAAAUCCUUUGCUUGAAGAGAAAUGGCCUCUCCAAUCUGGGGGCUGUGAACGGAUAUGUGUACAACAGGCACAGCUGGCACAGUGAGCAGCUUGGAAGGAGUAAGGGCUGCUCAGAGGACAGCGACUACCCGAAGGGUGUCUGGGAAAGGAAAGACCGACUAGCGGACAGAGCAGUGGACCCAAACGGCAACUGCAGCAAAGGACUCACAACUGUCCUUUAA